CGAAAACAUCCGAGGGGUAUCGACGUGAGUGCCGAGUAGCCCACCACUAACGUAACCUCAUUGUGCCGGACAUUCUUCUGUUACAGACAAGACUGUAAUGGGAGAAAACGAUGGGGAGCUUCCUAUCCAAAAGGAACAUAGAGAAGAAAAACAAAUCUAAUGUCUCCAGUAGAAGAACCCGAUGGAGGAGAAAGGAGGGGGACAGUGAAGAAAAGAGAACAGAUGAAGACAGUGGCAGGAGAAAAUGUGGGGACAGCAAAGGAAAAAUUAAAAAGGUGGACAGUGAAGGGAGGAGAGUAAUGGGUGACAAUGUAAAGAGUGGAACAACAUAUUUUGACCAAAGAUCCACCUUAUCUUGUGCUUUCUCUGAGACAGAGAAGAUAUUAAAGGAAACAGAUGCUGAUUUUGUGGACAGGAACAGGAACAAUCUAAUUCAAAAUGUUAUCACGGUGAUGCCCAUUGCAGAUGACCUGCUCUCUAUGGGUAUGAUCCACAAAGAGAUCUACUCAAACAUCCAAGCUCUCCAGACCACUCAGGACAAGAUGAGGAUGCUGUACAAGGUUUUAGAAUCUGGGGGAGUUAAAGUCAAAUCAGAGUUCUACAGGAUCCUACAGGAGAAAGAGUCUUUUUUGGUCCAGAAACUGAAUGGGGCAGCUUGUAAAGACAUUUUUGAUGGACAAACUAAUAACACUGGGCUGAGGAAAGUGGAUUCCAUCAAACAAAGAGUUCAAUAUAGACUUAAGGCAAGUCUGAAGCAGAAGUUUGGGUAUGUGUGUGAAGGCACUGCAGAUAAAAAAGCUCGACUUGAUGGAAUUUACACACAACUCUACAUCACCCAGGGAGAGAGUGAAGAGGUUAAUAAAGAACAUGAGGUUCUGCAGAUUGAAAGCAUUGAGGAGAUGCCCAGGAAAGAAACAUCAUCAGAGAUUUUGAUAAAUUGCAAUGACAUUUUCAAACCCGUAGCUGAAGAUUUAGAUAGGUAUUCCUUCUCUUCUGAAGAAUCAUUACCAGUAGAAGAGCAGAAAGUUUGUAGAUCCAACAAAGAUGGAAUUCAUAGAAAAACAGACAAAGUGAAAUUGAUAAGAACUGUACUGACAAAGGGGAUCGCUGGCAUUGGAAAAACAGUCUCUGUGCAGAAGUUAAUCAUUGACUGGGCGGCGGGUAAAGCCAAUCAGGAUGUGGAUUUUAUUUGUGUGCUCCCUUUCAGAGAGCUGAAUUUGAUAAAAGAUGAUCAUUACAGUCUUCAAGGCUUAUUGAAUUACUUCCACUAUGAACUUCAACAAAUAGAAGAUCCAAACCAAUAUUUAGACUGUAAAGUAAUGUUUAUCUUUGAUGGUCUGGAUGAAAGCAAACUUCCAUUGAAUUUUCGUCAGAACAAGAUGUUGAGUGAUCCAACUCAGGAAUCCACAGUUGACAUAUUAUUGACAAACUUAAUAAAGGGCAAUCUGCUUCCUGACUCUCUCAUCUGGAUUACCUCGCGACCUGCAGCAGCCCAUCAGAUCCCUCGUGAGUACAUCACCAAGAUAACAGAAGUACGAGGUUUCAAUGACAUACAGAAAGAAGAGUACUUUAAAAAGAAUGUCCAGGAUGAGAAUCAUGCCAGGAGAAUCAUCUCACACAUUAAGACAUCAAGAAGCCUCCAGAUCAUGUGUCACAUACCAGUCUUCUGUUGGAUUACUGCCAGGGUUCUUCAGCAAAUGUUGAGUGAAGAUGAGAAUGGAGACAUUACAACUUUGACUGAGAUGUACUCUCACCUCACACUCAUUCAGACAAAACUGAAAACCAAAUAUGAGGAAGAAGAGAAUGAUUUCGAUAUCAUUGUAGAACGAAACAAAGACAUUAUUCUCAAACUGGCAGAACUUGCAUUUAAACAGCUGGUGAUGGGUAAUGUCAUAUUCUAUAAGAAAGACCUGGAGGAGUGUGCCAUAGAUGUCAGUGAAGCCUCAGUGUACUCUGGGAUUUGCACAGAAAUCUUGAAAGAAGAGCAUGGUUUGUAUAAGAGGAAGGUCUACUGCUUUGUUCACCUGAGCUUCCAGGAGUUCCUUGCUGCUCUGUAUGUGUUCCACUGCUGUGUGACCAAGAACAUCAAGGCCCUGGUGUUUUUCACUGAAGAUGUGUCUUCGGAGCUGCCCUUUCAUGAGCUGCUGAAGAUCAUAGUGGAUAAAGCCUUGGAGAGUAAGAAUGGACACCUGGACCUGUUCCUCCGCUUCCUUGUUGGCAUCACACUGGAGUCCAACCAGAGCCUGUUACAAGGCCUACUGCCACAGACAGAGAUCAGCUCAGAGACUGUUGAUGAAAUAAAGAAAUACCUCAGGAAGCCGAAUGCAGAACAAGUCUCAUCUGACAGGUACAUCAAUCUACUCAUCUGCUUGACUGAGAUGAAAGAUGAUUCAGUACAUGAGGACAUUGACAAGUUCCUGAUAUCAGGAAAUGGAUCAGAACAAUUGUCACCUACACACUGUUCAUCACUGGCCAACGCACUGCUAAUGUCAAAGUGCAUGCUGGAUGAGAUAGACUUGGGGAAAUACAACACAUCGCAACUUGGGCGUAGGAGAUUGAUGCCAGCUAUGAAAAAAUGUGGAAAGGCUAAACUGAUUGGAUAUAAACUGUCUAUGGAGGACUAUGAAUUACUGGCCUCCAUUCUCCAAUCUUCUGACUCACAUAUGACAAAGUUGUACCUCAGGCCAAGUAACCUGUGUGAAGACCAAGAUCUGAGCAUUGUCUUUGCAGCACUGAAGCAUCCACUCUGUAAACUGGAGUCCCUGAGACUGGGCAGCAUUAAACUCUCUGACCAUCACUGUGGAUCACUGGCCUCCGUCAUCCAGUCAGCAGACACACAUCUGAGUAAACUACACCUGUUGGACUGUGAGUUGUCUGAUGUCGGUGGGAGGCAACUCUUUAAUGCUCAGAAUCAUCCAUGCAGUAAACUACAGACACUGAGACUGGGUGGCUUAAGACUAUCUGAGAACUAUAAGUCACUGGCCGCUGAUCUCCAGUCAGCAGACUCCUCCCUGAGAGAGUUGGAACUGAGGCAAAGUAUCCUGUCUGAUUUUGGGGGCAGCAAACCUUUUACCACAGUGUCUUAUCCACACUGUAAACUACAAAUACUGAGGUUGAAUGGGUGUUUUUGGACAGAGAAAUUUUAUGAACAAUUGUGCUCAGCUCUCAGCUCAAAUUCGUCAAACCUGAGAGAACUGGACUUGAGUCACAGUGAACUAAAGGACACAGGAGUUAACCUGCUUUCUGCUGAGCUGGGAAAACAAAACUGUGGUCUGGAAAAACUGAGGCUGUCAUUCUGUAGAGUCACAGAGGAAGGCUGUGCUUCUCUGGCUUCAGCUCUGAGAUCAAAUCCCUCCCACCUGAGAGAACUGGACCUGAGCUUCAAUCACCCAGGAGACUCUGGAGUGAAGCUGCUCUCUGAUAGACUGGAGGAUCCUCAAUGUAGACUGGAGAAACUAAAUGUUGACCACAAUGAAGAUAUCUGGGUAAAUCCAGGGAAACUGAUCACAUAUGCCUGUAAUCUCACCAUGGACCCAAACACAGCAUGGAGAUACCUCUCCCUGUCUGAGUCGGACAGACGGGUGAAGCGAUUUCAACAUGAGCAGUUGUGUCCUGAUCACCCAGAGAGAUUUGAGUCAGCGGAACAAGUGCUGUGCAGAGAGGGUCUGACAGGACGCUGUUACUGGGAGGUGGAGUGGAGUCGUGGGGAAUAUAUUGGAUUGGCAUAUCAUGGGAUCAGAAGAAAAGUGAGAGGUCCUGCCAGUUUGCUUGGAUUCAAUGAAAAUUCAUGGUGUUUGUUCUGCUGUAAGGACUAUUUCUUAGCCUACCACAAUAAUGAAGAGACUCUUAUACUAGCUGACCACCUCCAAAUCCUUCCUCAACCCCAAAGACACCAGUCCUCUUCCCAGAGAGUAGGAGUGUUUCUGGACUGGUCGGCCGGCACCCUGUCCUUCUACAUGGUGUUCUCAGACACAUUGACCCACCUGCACACGUUCCAGGCCACAUUCACUGAGCCCCUCUACCCAGGAUUUAGGUUUUUGUGGCCGGACAAUUCUUCAGUGUGCCUGUGGUAGAGUGGUGUCUUGUGUCAAUUCCUGUUCUAAUUCUUGCUUAUGUCAUUACAAACAAGGAUUGAUAGUGAGGAUAUAUCACCAGUCAAAAGUUUGGACACUCUUACCCAUUUAUGGUUGUGUCCAAACUUUUGUAUAUUACACCAUUUUGGGAUCCGAUUCAGUUAGAAUCAGUCACUCUGGGCUUGUUUUUUGCUUUACUUAAAUGUUGUGCAACUCACAUUACUUCAGGAAAAAUAUUUAAAAAAUGGUAUGAAUGUAUUACAUUAUAUGUGGUGAUGGAAAUGUAGGUUUUAACUGUGACCUCUUUAGGUAAUGGAUGUUUUAGUGGCCGGCGGGUUGAGGAGGGACUUUGUAUUGGUGUCCCUGCAUCCACCUAACCAUCGGUCCAAAACUACAAGUCUGCCCAUGUUGUCACACACAGCUGUAUAGAUAUCCGUCACUUUAAUUUUAUGAAAUGAAAUUGACACAACUGUCCAAUCACUGCAACACAUGUACUGUAGUUACCGCAUGUUAACAUAGUGGAUGCUUGUAUGUGGCUAUUUCAUUUAUAAAUAAAAGACAUUUCUACCCACGUACUGGAACGUGAACACUACUUAUGGCUUUUAUAUUAGACUUUUUGGUGGCAAAAUGUGGUUAUAAUAAGGGUGUUUCAGAUAUCUAGUUAAAAACAGCAAUUUCUUUAGAUGUCUGUAUUUGUGGAUCAGUAAAUAUUCAUCACUUAACUAGAUCAUACUUGUCCUGUAGCUUCUGGGAU